AUUUGGAAAAGGACUUUUUUUUUUUUUUCUUGGACUGCUGACGCGUCCACCGGCUCUGCUGCGCUGGGUGACCGUGGCAGCUUCCACCAUGUUACUUCACUUUCUAGUUUUAGGGGCCUUGGUUUUCCAGGCUGAUUGUUACUUUUCGGAGGAAAUGUAUCCGGAGGAGUCGAAGAUGCAGCUUCCUACGGUGGUUUUCGCUAUUUUAGCCCGAAACAGUGCUCACUCCCUGCCCUACUACCUCGGAGCUCUGGAGAGACUCAACUACCCCAAAGAUCGCAUCUCUGUGUGGGCCGCCACUGAUCACAAUUCGGAUAACACCACAGCCAUACUGAAAGAGUGGCUUACUGUUAUGCAGAAGUUUUACCAUUAUGUUGAGUGGAGACCAAUGGACCAGCCAACGUCCUAUGCAGGAGAGUUGGGUCCUAAGCAUUGGCCCAACACCAGAUAUGAGUAUGUGAUGAAGCUGAAGCAGGCAGCACUCAACUUCGCCAGGAAACGCUGGGCCGACUAUAUCCUGUACGCUGACACAGACAAUAUCCUCACCAACCCAGAAACCCUCAACCUGAUGAUAGCAGAGAACAAGUCAGCCAUCGCUCCCAUGCUCGACUCUCAGGGAGCAUACUCCAACUACUGGUGUGGUAUCACUCCACAGGGAUAUUAUCGCCGAACAGCAGAGUAUUUUCCCACGCGUCACCGUCACAGACUGGGCUGCUUCGCUGUGCCAAUGAUCCACUCUACCAUACUGCUGGAUUUAAGGAAGGAAGGCAUGAAGAAACUGGCCUUCUUCCCUCCUCACAAGGACUACUCGUGGCCCUACGACGACAUCAUCGUGUUCGCCUUCUCCUGCCGAGCUGCAGAGGUACAGAUGUACCUGUGUAACAAGGAGCGCUACGGCUACCUGAACGUCCCAGCCAAACCUCACCACACCUUGGAAGAUGAUCGCCUCAACUUCGUCCAUGUCCAACUUGAGUCCAAGAUCGAUGGUCCUCCUAUGCACCCCUCACGAUACGUCCAUAUGUUCCCCAAACAGAGAGAUCUCAUGGGCUUUGAUGAGAUAUAUCUGAUUAAUCUGCGACGGCGUCCUGACCGUAGAGACCGGAUGUUGUUCUCUCUGAAUGAGCUGGAGAUUGACGUCAAGGUGGUGGAUGCUGUGGAUGGAAAUGCACUGAACAGCAGCGACAUUAAGCUCCUGGGUGUGGACCUGUUGCCAGGCUACUAUGACCCGUUCUCUGGCCGCACCCUGACCAAAGGAGAGGUGGGCUGCUUCCUCAGCCACUACUUUAUCUGGAAGGAGAUAGUGGACUUGCAAAUGGACAAGGCGUUGCUGUUUGAAGACGACGUCCGUUUCCAGGCCAACUUCAAACGACGAGUCCUCAGACUGAUGGAGGAGGUGGAGCUGGUGGAGCUUGACUGGGACAUCAUAUACUUUGGCAGGAAGCAUGUGAAUCCUGUAAAGGAGGAGGCCGUGGAGAACGUUCACAACUUGGUAAAGGCCGACUACUCGCACUGGACUCUGUCCUACGCCAUCUCCCUGCAGGGGGCCCAAAAACUGCUCAACGCUGAGCCGCUGUCCAAGAUGCUUCCCGUCGAUGAAUUCCUCCCCAUCAUGUAUGACAAACAUCCCAAUGAAGACUACAAGUCCCAUUUCCUCAACAGAAACUUAGAAGCCUACAGUACACACCCCCUUUUGGUCCAGCCCUGUCACUACGCCGGUGAUCCCCAGUGGGUGAGCGACACGGAGACGUCGACUCUGUGGGACGAUGACGCUGUACACACUGAUUGGAGGGGUUCCCACAAGACCCUGAAAGGGGCUGCGCCGGCACCCGACAUGCUGUCAGCCUCCUACAGGGAUGAACUUUAGUCCGGAGCAGAUGUAGCUGUAGAGAACCUGCAGGUCAAAAGGCUACGAGGUCAGAGAAACAAAUGUUGAGAAGUGAAAGUUUCCCAGACCUCAUUUCAUUCCACUCUGUGUCCACACUGACAUGCACAGUGUCAUUCAAACAGGACGUUUUUCAGAGCAUGUCAGCAAGUGUAUGACACAAGAUAACUUUUUCCAGAUGGAAACAAUAUAGUGGACAGUGUUAAUUUUUUGUUUGUAAAGACAUGCAACACAAUGGGUGGCAAUCCACCUUUUUACACUUUUAUUUUACAUUUAUUCAGAAUUUUUUAUUAUGAGUUUAUACGGUUUUAAUGACUGAUGUCAACAGCAUCUCAGUUUGAAUGUAUGCUACUGAUGGUUUGCGUGUUUUGUAUGAUUGCAUGUUUAUAAUGCUAAUUACACAGCUUUUAAAAGAUGGCUUUACAAGAACUUUGAUCUGUUAAUCUGUUGAGCACUGACUGAGGCUCCAGUAGCUGCACUGUUCACAACUUCUGACAAAAGUCUGCUGUU